CAAGGAUUAUUGGAAAAGGCAUAGCCAGAGCACCGGUCACCACGUGGUCAUCAGAGCGACAGAUCCCCGUGGCUACAAUCUGAUUUGGAAGAAAGGAAUACACUGACAACAACUCACUACCAUGACAUCAAGAUUAUGCAGCUAGUCCCCAUGUCUAAAGUUUCUGUUGUCAUACCAAAUGGGCCAGUUCAGCUUGUGCUAUCUCAUUAAGUGCUUGUAACCACCUUGGUCUGAGACCCUUUCCCCACCAGCCAGCCAAGAGAGACCUCAUGCUGCAACUUUGACACAUCAGCUGGAAAAGACCAUGCAUAUGGAUGGACAACCUCAAAAAACUAAAAGGACUCAUUCCUCACCCAGCUAGAGGAGGAUCUGCUCUCCGAGUCGCUGUACGUCCCACACAACCAUACAUCUCUAAGAGUGGAGUGACAGCUAAAAAGCUCAAAGUAGAAGGCUGAAAAUCUCUAGGAAAAUAGAUGGCUUGCAGACCAACAAAAUGAAGACUGAAUGAGUAAGCAGUCACUCACAGAUACAAUGCUCUGAAAUUGAGAUCAAGUGUUUGGCCUCAUUUGGAGAGCAGAAGAGCCAACCUGCUCUACAGGAAGACACUCUGCAAGAGAGUAAGAAAGGUUACACAAUGAAUACCUGUCGACACUGCCCUCACUCCAGCAGCUCGUGGGUAACGUACUCCUCUAGGAACGUUCCCCACCCUCGGAUGCUCUGCCACAUACAAGGGUUAGACAAUAGUCCAAUCUGUUCUGUAAGACACAGCUGUUUCAGAGAACUCCCGUCUGCUGACAAAACAGCCAUCCUUGAGCAAAAAGCUGAUGGAGUGUAUGUGCUAGAUGGGAAUGCCAGAGGCAACUUGCUUGCCAACCACUGCCUUCCAAGGCUUGAGGCUUUCAUGCAAAGAGGGCCAGGCUCUUCACAGCUUGCAGCACAACACGGAGAAGGACUUGCAAAUUUUCCAGAGAGGACUCAAAGUAACCCUACUUCACCUGAAAAGCUUUUGAAAAAACGACCCCAAACCUGUGCACAACCUGCAACUACCCAGGGAGUCCUCCAGACUCUCUCCCAGCCUUCCUCUGCAUGCCUCAACUUGAGUCACGGUCCUCAUGUCCAGCAGAACGCAGAUUUUGACCUAAGCUACCUGCACUGGGAAAUAAAGGUGCUGGACAAACUGAGAAAACUUUUCCAGACAGAUUCGCUUACAGAGAUCCAGGAAUGGCUCUCAAAAGCAAGCAUAAAAGAGAAAGUCUUCGUGUCCAGACUGAUUUACUCUGAACUGACUGGUAAAGGCCAGCUGAAUAAUCAGCCACGAGCAACACAGGAUGGUGCAGGAGAGAACACGAAUACCCACAGUUUGCUAAAGCCUCGGCCUCCUUCUCAGAGAGGUCCAGAAGGGGAUAUAAAUAACAGGCCUUCAACUAAUGGAUCAGAAGCAAGUCAAAACAUGGAACAUAAAACGGAUAAAGACUGUAUUUUGUUCUCAAAGCUGAGAAACAGAGGUCCAGCACAUGCAGACACACUGCCUCCAGAGAAGAGCCAUGGCUGGCAAUGGAAACGAAGAGACCUGCCCUCACAUGGUGCCCUGCAGCAAGCCGAACAACAGAUAGACCCCUUCCAGCGGAGGCCCACCUCUUCAUAGCCACUAGAGCAGCUGCAAGUCAUUUUCACAUACAGAAAUGCAUACUCUUAGCACUUACAGAUAUAAAAAUCAGAACAAAUGUAAAGAAA